CUUCAGGCACAGGCUGAUUUCUUGGGACUUCUGAAACCAUGAAACGUCUGCUGUUGCUACUCUUAUGUGUUUACUUUGCUAAGUCUCAAGGUAUCAGUGACUACGAUGAUGAGGUACUAGUGGAUGCCCGGGGCCAUCGGCCCAUUGACCGGAGGAGGGAAGAGGCUCCCAGCCUGAGACCUGUGGCGCCCCCUAUCAGUGGAGGGGGCUAUCGGGCUCGUCCAACGAAGCCACUUGCCAAACAAACCAAGGUGGAAAGAAAAGCCCCGGAUGCUGGAGGCUGUUUUCAUGCAGACACAGACAUGGGAGUGUUGUGUCCAACAGGAUGUCAGCUGCAACAGACUUUGCUAAACCAGGAAAUACCCAUCAGAAACAGUAUUGCUCAGUUAAAUACCAACGUGGAGUCUGUUUCUCAGACCUCUACCAGCACCUUCCAGUACAUGAGUCUGCUGAAAAACAUGUGGAAAAAGAGGCAGGACCAGUUGAAAGACAAUGAGAAUGUGAUCAAUGAGUAUUCCUCAGCAUUGGAAAACCAACGCAUCUAUAUAGACGAAAGUGUCAACAGUAACAUCCCAACUAACCUCCGCGUGCUCCGCUCCAUUCUGGAAAACCUGAGAAGCAAAAUACAAAAAUUAGAAUCUGAUGUCUCUGCUCAAAUGGAGUACUGCCGCGCUCCGUGCACCGUUAGUUGCAAUAUUCCUGUGGUGUCCGGCAAAGAAUGUGAAGAAAUUAUCAGGAAAGGAGGAGAAUCUUCUGAAAUGUAUCUCAUUCAGCCUGACACUUCCAUCAAACCAUAUAGAGUGUACUGUGACAUGAAUACAGAAAAUGGAGGCUGGACAGUGAUUCAGAAUCGUCAAGAUGGUAGUGUUGACUUUGGAAGAAAAUGGGAUCCAUACAAACAAGGAUUUGGAAAUAUUGCAACCAACGCAGAUGGGAAGAAAUACUGCGGCCUACCGGGUGAGUACUGGCUUGGGAAUGAUAAGAUCAGCCAGCUUACCACCAUGGGACCCACAGAACUUCUGAUUGAAAUGGAGGACUGGAAGGGAGACAAGGUAAAGGCCCACUAUGGAGGGUUCACGGUGCUCAACGAGGCCAACAAAUACCAAGUCUCUGUGAACAAGUACCGAGGGACCGCCGGAAACGCGCUCAUGGACGGAGCAUCCCAGCUGACUGGAGAGAACAGAACCAUGACCAUCCACAACGGCAUGUUCUUCAGCACUUACGACAGGGACAACGAUGGCUGGGUAAAUGCAGAUCCAAAAAAGCAGUGCUCUAAAGAAGAUGGUGGUGGAUGGUGGUAUAACAGAUGCCACGCAGCCAAUCCAAAUGGCAGAUACUACUGGGGUGGACAGUACAGCUGGGACAUGGCCAAGCAUGGCACAGAUGACGGUGUGGUGUGGAUGAACUGGAAAGGGUCAUGGUACUCAAUGAGGAAGAUCUCCAUGAAGAUCAGGCCCUUCUUCCCACAGUAGUAGUCCUGAAUGUGUAGAUUUAUUUUCUUCUGUGACAACAAUUUUUUUACAUUAUGUUAUUGGAAUUUUCUUUCAUACAUUAUAUCCCUCUAAAACAAACAAUUGUGUGUGCCUUGUUUUGGAAAGGGUAGAGGAUAAAGGACAUUUAAAACAGCA